UAAAAAAAGAAACGAAAACUACAGCACAAUUAAAUUCUUCGAGAUAAUCAAGUUUAUUAUCAACGAGUCAACAAUUACUUUUUUUGUGGCGCACAUGUAACAUUAAUUAGUAUGAAAUUUGGCGUUGCAGUCAUGGGUCUAAAGGAGAGAGUCCAAAUUUGGCCACAAGUAUUGGCAAUCAUUUCAGCUACGCUUGUUUCAUUCACGUGCGGAAUUUUCUUCACGUGGCCUUCGCCAUCUAUUCCAAAGCUUUUAAAUGAAGAAUAUCCGGAUGAAAUGACGUUAGACGAAGUUUCGUAUCUUACUGUAUUUCCGGCUUUGGCCCUUUUAUUAUCCAGUCCUCUGAGCGGCCGCUUAAUUGAUUUGAUUGGCAGGAGAAGGACGCUCCUGUUAAUAACUUUGCCCCAUUUACUGUCUUGGGGUUUGACGGCAAUCGGAGGAUCCAUUUAUAUAUUCUAUGCAGCCAGAAUCAUCAACGGAUUUGCUGAUUCCUGUACAUUCGCGGCUGUUCCUACUUACAUUUCAGAAGUCGCUACACCUGCUGUUAGAAGUGUUUGGGGUAAUUGUUUAACUUUCGCGAUUUACUUUGGAAACUUUAUAAUGAACGCGAUUGGAGCAUAUUACAGCAUCCGCACGACCGCGACCAUUUUUGGUAUUAUACCAAUUAUGUUUUUCAUUAUAUUUUACUUUAUGCCCGAAACGCCUUACUAUUUAUUAAUGAAAGGCGAUGAGGCUGAAGCGAGAAAGUCGCUGAAAUGGCUUCGCAAUAAACCGGACGUCGAAGAUGAAUUAAUACAGUUGACAGCGGACGUGAGGAGACAAUUAUCUGAACCGGGAACUUAUAAACAUAUUUUCACAAUUGCCAGCAACAGAAGAGCAAUGCUAACUGGUAUUUUCAUAAGGGGUUUGCAGCAGUACAGCGGAAUUUCAGCGAUUUCUAUGUAUUCGCAAAUGAUUUUUCAGAAGUCUGGAAGCGAUCUUUCCUCGAGUUUGUCUGCUAUCAUCUUUAGCGGAACUAUGGUAAUAACAAUACUGGCUUCCUCUUUUGCGAUUGAAAUUUUGGGAAGAAGAAUUUCCAUGAUGUUGUCUUGCUUGGGUUCGGGAAUAAUCUUGAUUCUUCUUGCCGUGUAUUUUUACUUCAAUGAAAAGACAGAUGCGGAUUUAACUGAUUUCCAGCUGUUUCCCAUUAUAGCUAUGAUAGUUUACGUAUUAUUUUAUUCCAUUGGUUUGGGUAUAGUUCCAACGAUAAUGCUUGGAGAGAUCUUUUCAUCGAGCAUCAAAGCUAGAGCCCUGUGCAUCAUGAACGUCUUCUUCGGAAUCUACAUCAGCACUAGUUCCAAAAUAUUUUCUUACCUGAUGCUUACAUUCGGUAUGUACAUGCCAUUUGCAUUAUUUGGCAUUUGUACAAUAUUGGGCACAAUUUGUUCAUAUUAUUACGUUCCUGAAACUAGGGGAAAGACGCUCGAGCAAAUACAACAAAGUUUUAAGGCUAAAACUAAAUCAUAAAGUGCAA